UCCGGCAAGGCGCGGGGCGCCGGCAAAUAGUCCUUUGUUUACAUGGGCCGGUGGCUGGCGGAGGCGGCGCCGGCGGGGAGGGAGCGCUGCGCUCACUCGCUCGCCUGCUCGCACCAGCUGUUUCCCGCCUUGAGACACACACAGAGGGAGCCACACACGCACACGCCGCACUCACACACACGCGCGCACGCCCGACCGCCGCCGUUGCUGCUCCUGCUGCUGCACACGCCGUCGCCUCCCGCGCCGCUGCAGCUGCACGCACAACGCACCACACACACCACACACACGGCCCCGAUCCCCGGCCCCCCGCCCGGGCCGGGCAUGGAGUACUUCAUGGUGCCCGCGCAAAAGGUGCCGCCGUCCUCGCUGCAGCACUUCAGGAAAUCCGAGAAGGAGGUCAUCGGCGGGCUCUGCAGCCUGGCCAACAUCCCGCUGACCCCGGAGACUCAACGGGACCAGGAGCGGCGGAUACGCAGGGAGAUCGCCAACAGCAAUGAGCGGCGACGCAUGCAGAGCAUCAAUGCCGGCUUCCAGUCCCUGAAGACCCUCAUCCCCCACACAGAUGGGGAGAAGCUUAGCAAGGCAGCGAUCCUCCAGCAGACGGCAGAGUACAUCUUCUCGUUAGAACAGGAGAAGACGCGCCUCCUCCAGCAGAAUGCUCAGCUCAAGAGGUUCAUCCAGGAGUUCAGCGGCUCCUCCCCGAAGCGGCGGAGGGCCGAGGACAAGGAUGAGGGCAUCGGGUCGCCAGACAUCUGGGAGGACGAGAAGGCCGAGGACCUCCGCCGAGAGAUGAUCGAGCUCCGGCAGCAGCUGGACAAAGAGCGCUCCGUCCGCAUGAUGCUGGAGGAGCAGGUGCGCUCAUUGGAGGCCCACAUGUACCCCGAGAAGCUGAAGGUGAUCGCUCAGCAGGUCCAGCUGCAACAACAGCAGGAACAGGUGAGGCUCCUGCACCAAGGGAAGCGCGAGCACCAGCUCCUGCCUGCUCACGGCCCGCCAGCGCCCACACACCACCCCACUGUGAUCGUGCCUGCGCCACCGCCGCCUUCUCACCAUGUCACCGUGGUCACCAUGGGCCCAUCCUCCGUGAUCAACACUCUCUCCACAUCCAGGCAGAACCUGGAUACAAUCGUCCAGGCGAUCCAGCACAUUGAGGGGACGCAGGAAAAGCAGCUGCUGGAGGAGGAAGAGCAGCGGCGGCGGGCUGUCAUCGUGACCCCCGCCCGGGCCAGCCUGGACCCGUCCAACUCGGACACCGCCUCGGACUCUGAGGCAGACGACAGCGACGCCACGGAGCACAGCCGGGCCGAGAUGCCCUGACCCCCGCCUGGCAGCGGGGCAGAGGGUGGGCAGGGAGUGGGAGAGGGGACUGCCGAGGAAUAUGCUGAAAUUUUUACAAAAUACCAUGAAAUUUGGGUCUCUUUUAUGACCUUUCGAUACUGUAACUGGGAGCGUUAGAACCUGGACGGAGCCGAGAGAGAGAGAGAGCUCACCCUCCUUUCCGGUCCAAGCAAGUCGCGGGGCAGGGAGGGGCGUGUGGUGUGUCGGAAGGGCCUGCCCUAUGCCUGGCAGGCGGGCCAGACCUGGGACUCCGCACCCUGAACCCCAAUGAACUUUUUCAGUGGGUGGGUGGGGGCAUAUCGAUUGUGGAGGGGCGUCUCUCCCUGGCACCUCCACACCCUUCCCGGCCCUGCAAGCUUUGGCCUCUCUUGGGGCUGGGCGUCCUGGGUAUUGGGUUCUCCCCCCCACCCCCCGGCCACUGCAUGUUCAAGGGGGAGAGUGUUUUAAAGCAGGGGCUAGAGAGUUCUUUCAGAGCUCCACCCCUGCGUGAUGCCCCUCCCUGCAGGUGGCCGCAGCCCCCUGGGGGUGGGCGAGAGGCCCCGAAGGGUGUGCAGGGGCUGGCCAGCCGUGUUGGUGUCCUUGGGCCACCCCACAGCACCCAAAGGUGCCUCUGAGCGUCGCGCACCACCCUCUCCGCGUCAUAGGAAGGUGGACUCCCCUCCGUUCUCAGGGGCAGCUUCAGGUUUCAGGCCUUUUCCACAGUCUGGGAGGGGGUGUCCCUUUGGAAAGAGCAGGCCGUUCGGGAGGGGCGGGCCAAGGCCAGCACCCCCGCCCUCCUCUGAGUUUGCCUCCAUGGUCAGUUCCUCCUUUUUGAAGCACUUAAUCCGUUCCGUGGGUCCGACGGGUCAGGAGAGCCUUCCUGUUCUGUGAACGUUGCUUUCUGUUGCGUCCCUCCUCCUCCCCCUCCCGCUUCCCCCCCACUUUGGCUGUAGGUCUAGGCCAGUGUUGUUUAGAGCCUGUUGGUAUUUGGUAGGUUCCUCCCCAGCCACAGCUGUCUCAGUUCUUUCUCUUUUUUUGUAUUUUUUUUUUUUUUUUUUACAAUUUCGGGUCUUCGUGUUCAUUGAGAUGCUAUUAUAUUUUGUUAUGAAAGUGGGAAAAAUUAGGCGUGUGCCUUUGUAAAGAAACAAAAUAAAGUUUGUACUUUGUUUUUUAGA